AUGUAUACAUCGCUGCUGAUCGCUCUGAGUGUGCUGAGUGUGUUGCUGGUAUCUGCUGAGUGCAAGACCAAACCACCGUCUCCACAGUAUGUUGGCCCUACUGGCAAACAGGCUCCUGCUGCGGCCAUGGGUGAGUACCGUCUCCACAGUAUGUUGGCCCUACUGGCAAACAGGCUCCUGCUGCGGCCAUGGGCCUACAACAUGUGUACAUCGCUGCUGAUCGCACUGAGUGUGCUGAGUGUGUUGCUGGUAUCUGCUGAGAGCAAGACCAAACCACCGCCUCCACAGUAUGUUGGCCCUGCUGGCAAACAGGCUCCUGCUGCGGCCAUGGUACCGCCUCCACAGUAUGUUGGCCCUGCUGGCAAACAGGCUCCUGCUGCGGCCAUGGCUCAGGCGUUUUCCUCAUGGUCCAGCAAGUCUCGGGUGAACAUCUGGGAGUUGAGUGGUCAGUACGAGGGAGACAUCAUGAUGGAGGGUGAUGGAGAAGGGAGGAACGCGGUGCAAGACAAGGCAAAGCUCUGGCCCGGGGCGGUGGUGCCAUACUACAUAGACACUGACGACUUUGAUAAAGAAGAUAGGAAGAUCAUUCGAGGAGCGGUGAAGAACAUAGAGUCAGAGACGUGUAUACAGUUCCGCCCCUACAAGGACGGGGAUGACGCCUACGUGGUGGUGAGAGGGGACAGGGACGGCUGCUGGUCCUACGUGGGCAGGAAGGAUGGAGGACAGACGCUCAACCUUAGCGAGAAGUGUGUCCGUCACGGAGUUGCUGUGCACGAGUUUCUACAUGCGCUAGGACUCCACCACCAGCAGAGCUCUCACGAUAGAGAUGACUACGUCACCAUCCACUGGGACAACAUCGAGUCUGAUCAUAAACACAACUUUGACAAGUACAACACCAGCACUGUGACUGACCAUGGGGUGGGCUACGACUAUGAGAGCAUCAUGCACUACAGCGCCUACGCCUUCUCUCGCAACGACCAGAUGACCAUAACACCCAAGGACAAGAAGGCCAAGAUCGGACAACGGAAGACCCUCAGUGACAAAGACAUUGCUAAACUAAACACCAUGUACAACUGUCCCAAGAUUGCCAAGAAGGACGAAGAGGACGACAGCAAUGAAAUGAACUCCAUCGUAGACUACCUUGGAUAAUAUAAAGUUAACUAAAAUAAAACAUAAGUAAAGAUACAUUUAAUAAA